CACAGUCCCCCUUGUACCUGUAGCAAUAUCAUAUAUCACAGUCCAGCUUCCUUACCGAAAUAUAAACCAUAAUCACCUACACGUCACCGCAGUGUGUUUUCAUUACAUACACAACAGCAUCUCAGAGAUGCCUGUCCAGUCAGGAAAAAAGGCUUAAUUCAAUUUCUCCACAAACUUCUGAUAAUAUUGUUCUGACACAAAUCUAAUCAACUGCCUAUUGCCUGGCUAAUUAAGUCUCAUCAUGGCCGGACGAAGUAUUAGAUCACAGUUUAAUGUAGUAGUCUAAGUGCUCAUGGAAAUUGACUUGAACUUGGUGGAGAAACAUGACCCGUGAAAUGUCAAAGGUAGCUGUUAUAGAUAUGCAACGCCCUCUGUUGUGUUACUUUAAGAAGACAAACACUAGCAAUAUCUUAAUUUUCAGAAAGCACGUUUUGCAUGUAAAGUAGCUACAUCAAUUGUUUACCCACUUAAGUUUAAACGAUUUAAAGACACUGUAUUCAGAAAGUUUCAAUUAACCAUAAAGAUUACGACCAAAAAUAGCAAUAAAUAGUAAAUAGCAGUUUGUUAAUCUUUAAGCACACAAUGCAAUGCUUUGUUAAAUCUUUUAGAUGUGGGUGACUUGGGGCAUAGUCUAAAGUGCUGUGGGCCCUUGCAAUUGAUGAUGCAGUUGAGGGCGGGUGGACUAAGUGCUGUAAUUGACACAGCCUAAGCGCUUAUGGGAAGCUUAGAGAUAACUAAUGGAGCUUAGGGGGCAUCAGUAGUUGGAAGCUGCCCCGGGACAGCAGCCUGCCAGAAUCCUACAAACACCGGCAACAAAUCAGCAGAAAUGAAGGUUUCAGCACUCUGGACAGCGUUCUGGGUUUUCAUGUGUGGAGCUGCAUUUGCUUGCUCAGUAAAGAAGACGGGAAACAAUGCUGGGCGUUUCGCCAAUGCCACACUGGUUCGGUUAAAUGAGUUUUUAAGUGCCGGAUAUAAGAAAGGAGUUCGACCAGUACACGACUGGAGAAAUUCAACCAACGUGGAAAUUGACUUAAUGGUUUACGCUAUUCUUAAUGUGGAUGAGAAAAACCAGGUCUUGACAACAUACGUGUGGUACAGACAGCAAUGGACAGAUGAGUUCCUUGUGUGGGAUCCUGAAGAAUUUGAUGAAGUCACGCAAAUUUCCAUGCCUACUGCCAACAUCUGGAUUCCUGAUAUCCUAAUCAAUGAGUUUGUGGAUGUCGGAAAGUCUCCUGAUAUCCCAUACGUCUAUGUGAACCACAAUGGAACUGUGCGCAACUAUAAACCCAUCCAGGUGGUGACAGCCUGUUCCCUUAACAUCUAUAACUUUCCGUUUGAUGUCCAAAACUGUAGCCUGACUUUCCAGAGCUGGCUGCACACGAUAAAGGACAUAAACAUCAGUCUCAUAAGGUCACCUGAGGAAGUAAUGUAUGACAAGAAGGUGUUCAUGAAUCAGGGUGAAUGGGAACUGCGUCAUGUUCUCACCAAAUACACAGGCUUCAGUGUGGAAGUAGAUGAAUUGUACGCUGAAAUGAAGUUUAAUAUUGUGAUUCGACGUAGACCUCUGUUCUAUACAGUAAACCUCUUGUUGCCCAGUAUAUUCCUGAUGGUGAUGGACAUAGUUGGGUUUUACCUGCCUCCAGACAGUGGAGAGCGAGUCUCCUUCAAAAUCACUCUUCUCUUGGGAUAUUCAGUCUUUCUCAUCAUUGUUUCUGACACCCUGCCAGCUACUGCCAUAGGGACCCCACUCAUCGGUGUGUAUUUUGUGGUGUGCAUGGCUCUGCUGGUGAUCAGUCUGACAGAGACGGUUCUGAUCGUGCGGCUGGUGCACAAACAGGAUCUGCAGUCCCGUGUGCCCCAGUGGGUCAAGCACCUGGUGCUUGAGAAGGCCACGGCCCUGCUCUGCAUUCGCAAUAAGAAGUUCUGCACCCUCCUCUCUCAGGGAUCUGACGUACCUCUCUACAAAGAGAACAACAUGAACACAGCAGUGCGCUGCAACCAUCACAGCUGCGAGGGAUCCAGAGACACGGGGAGAAGCUUGGGUUUGGGUCUGACAGCGCGGGACAGCGGCGCUCCUGUCAUGGACAGCAUUUUGCACGAGAUCACCACCAUCCGUCAGUUCAUAGAGAAGAAGGACGAGAGCAGGGAGAUUGCUAAAGAGUGGCUGCAGGUAGGGUACGUACUGGACGUGCUGUUGUUCAGAGUCUACCUGCUGACCGUGUUGACCUACAGCAUCACGUUGGGCACACUCUGGUCUGUAUGGCAGAACGCCUGACCGCAGAGAUGGAUCACAGAUAGAAGGCGCCAACUGUAUCUCGCUGCUUAAAAUAAAAGCAGUGGUCGAUGUAAGUGAAUGUGCUGGUAAUGUGAUUGCUAUCUCACAGCAGAAUAACUUGUUGUGCACCAUGACGCAGAAAUGUGCUUACUUAAGAAGUUAUUACUGUACUUGUGGACUGCUGUGAUGACCAGAUCCAUGACAGCUGCUACAGUACAACAGAUUUUUCUUUAUUACAUAAACAUUUUAAAGGGGCCAUGGCAUGAAAAUCUGACUUGCUAUGAUUGGGUCCCCAGUGCUUCUAUCAACCUAGAAAAUGUGAAAAAGAUCAACCCAAUAACCAUUCUCUACAAGCACAUGAAAAAAUAGGUCGUUGAAAUUUGGCUCUCCUUAUGAUGUCAUAAUAAUACCACCCCUUAAUCUGCACUAUCCAACCACAGCACUGCCAUUUAGUGCAGAGAAAAGCACAAUUGAGUUUGAAUUGCAACAAACCCUCAUCAUUGUGAUCAGUGUUUGAAUUUCAUCAGCUCAUUUGCAUUUUAAAGGACACACCCAAAACGGCACAUUUUUGCACACACCUACAAAGUGGCAAUUUUAACAUGUUAUAAUAAAUUAUUUAUAUGGUAUUUUGAGCUAAAACUUCACAUAUGUGCUCUGGGGACACCAAAGAUUUAUUGGACAUCUUAAAAAAGUCUUGUGACAUGGCCCCUUUAAUAUGAGCGGUCAAACUAAAUAUCACAAUGGAUAUUAAGUACACCAGCAUGUGUGCUUUUAUCCACCAGACGUUCAUAUCAUGCGACAUACAUUUCAGACAGAAUAUAGCCA